UGUCUGUGGGAGGAGACUAUAACUUGCAGUUUGGAUCUACUGAACAACUAUGUCUCAUGGGUUAGCAUGCUGCUAGUUUGAAGGUACACACACUGUCGGAGAUCAACUACAGCCCCAAACCCGCGAAGAGACACGAACAAAGCCGAAGACCACGGCGCGAGGUGAGCUUCCAACACAUAGUUCAAGAUGGAUAACAAGCAGUGUUGUGUGACACUGUCGGUCCAGCCCUCCAGGGGACUUGUGGAUGAGAAGUUUGUUGUUCUGGUCCAAAACACCCUCCCUAGUUCCCUGUUGACCAUCCACGCCCUCCAUCGGUGUGAAGACGCACACAGCUGGCAUGCAUUCGCCCACUACACGUCUGAUGCCACCGGGGCUGUAAACGUUUCAGAAGAUUGCAGUAUGAGUGGGACAUAUUCAGGAGUUGAAGCCAUGGGUUUAUUAUGGAGCCUCAAACCAGUUCCUGGCAGCAAACCAGGGCUCAGGAUGAGAAAGAAGAAUGUCCAGGCCCCCAUGGUGGUCACAAUCUCUGUUUACAAGGGUCACCUGACAGAGGACUUUGGGGAUCGAGUGCCACUGGCCAGUGUAGAGGUGGAGCGCUGGUACAUGGCGCCUGGUGUCCGAAGGAUCCCAGUCACAGAGGAUGGGCUCACAGCAACCCUCUUUCUGCCUUCAGGACCUGGACGUUUUCCUGGUAUUUUGGACCUGUGGGGCGGUGGAGGACAGUUGGUGGAGUACCGUGCAGCUUUGCUGGCCUCACAUGGGAUUGCCACAAUGGCACUUGAUUACCUGACAUGCAAAUACACCAUGGAAACAGGGAAGAUUGUGGAGAAGGACUACUUUGAGACGGCGUACAAAUUCCUCCAAAAACACCCUAAGAUCCUCGGCAGCAGAAUCGCCAUGCUGGGUCUCUCCUUGGGCACCAGUGUCACCCUGAAAAUGGCUGUAUAUUCUGACGUUGUGAAGCUUAGGUGUGCAGUGUGCAUCAAUGGGAGUCACGUGCAGCCGAUGGAUGGAUUUCUGAAUGAAAUGCUGAAUUAUUUCACCGAACACUGCAGGAAUAUUCACUUUACUAAAGAUAAUGAAGUGGUCUGGCGAGAUAUUCUGCUGCCCAUUCCCACUGACCUCUCCCGCAAAGUGGAUGUGGGAAAACUCCAGUGUCCCCUGAUGCUGAUUAUUGGCGAAGAUGAUCAGAACUGGUGUCCCUGUGAAUCUGCAAUAGAUAUGAAGGUGAUGAUGGAGCAAGCAGGGAACAGCCAUCUACUGACUGUCCUGUCAUACCCUAAUGCAGGUCACCUGAUCGAACCACCAUAUACGCCACAUGCACGAUCAAGUCUUUUUAAAGAUGUGAUUUCACAUCAGAAGUUUAUGGUUUUGUGGGGAGGACAGACCCUGGAGCAUUCGCGGGCUCAGGAGGACGCCUGGAGGAAACUCUUGGUCUUUCUGAGGAAGAAUCUCUAUGGGGAUGUUAAGACCGGAGCUUCAUUGGUUUCCAACCUUUAAAUAAUGACUAAUGGUUGUAAUAUUUUUGUCUCUACUAAGGAAUGUAAAUUACAUUAGAAGCAAAGUGGAUGUUUAAAUGAAAAUGCUUUUGACUGAUAAACAAUUAGUUGAUUAUGUAUGAACCAGUUUUAUACACUGUGCACCAAAUAAUCAAAAAACUUUUUAAUAUAAACCAUAAUGUGAAAUAAGUGUUUUUAUGAAAAUACAGAAUAAAUCAACAACUGUCUGUAUAUACAAUAAAUAAACAUUGCAUGCAUUCAGA